UGUUUACAAAUAUGGCUGAAUAAUUCAAGUUGAAUAUUAUUUACAUAAACAUUUUAUUUCUAUUAUUAUUAUUUUAUCUAGUUUAUAGAGUCAAAAGAUAUUUUAAUUCAUCUAAAAAUAAAGAAAUGGAGGAACUUAAAGAGGAAUUGAAAGAAUUACGUCAAAAGAAACAAGAUCUCAUUGACAAAGGAAUGCAAAUACGUGAUCAGUUGGCUGAAUUUGAAACUUACUUAAAAAACAAUAAGAAAACUAUUUUUAUUGAAUCAGCAGAGCCUUUAUUAUCUACUAAUCAAUCAGCUAUGAGUUUGAAUUCUAAAAAAACAUCUUUAAAUCAGUUGAAUGCUGCAACACGUCAAAUUACAGGGAUUGUAUUUAAAGAUGUUAAUAAAAAGUGGUUAAAAGAUCAUAUCUGGCUUUAUGAAAUGACAGUAGUGUUGAAAGUUAUUCAAUUUCAAAUGUUUUUAACAAUUAAUAAAAAGAAUUUGAAAGAAAACGAAAUUCUUGAUAUAAAAUGUACUUUAUCGAAUAUUGAACAAUGUUAUUUGAAUGAAUUAACUCCAUGGAUUGAUACACUGACGAAAUUAAAAAAUUUCACUCAUCUAAUGUCAGCUUUUAGUGAAUAUAAUGAUCAAAAUAUAUUUCGAAUGAAAAUAUUGAACAAGCUUGAAAGUAAAAAAAUUGUUACUAUAAAAGAAUCUACUGAAGAAGGCGGAGGUUUAAUUGCUUAUGUACACGAUUCACAUGCAUCAAAAAAGAUUUAUGUCAAAUUUAAUUGGAGGCUACAAUUGAAUCCACAAACAACAUCUAUAGAUCAUAUAUUUGAUAUUGAUGGAAUAGAUAAUGAAUUUGUGACUGCCAAUGAAGAAAUUUUUAAAAACUUCUGCAAACGUGGUUUAAAGAAAAAUGAAUUAGAAAAACUGUGGUAUGACUUGUGUGUAGCUAUAAAUGAGUAUAAACAAUAAUUAUUAUUUAAAUAAGUAACUAUGUUUUCCAA